AUGGUGUCAGUCGCGUCCUUUAUCUCGGCUACUGCUGUAGCGGUGGUUGGGUGCCUUACGACUCAAGUCCAAGCCCACGGUUACAUGCUCAUCCCCUUGACCGAGUUUAAAGGCACAGCGACAGGAGCGUGGAUCGUGCAGAUCUCCCCGCAGUUCAACGCCAACUGGGAAUUCGUCGCUGACGACACAGAACUCAUCGCGCUGUACGUCGAGAAGGCCAAGGAGGCCGGAUACGCCAACAACAUCCGCAAGUUGCUGGACAGCGACACGAACUUGUACGGAGCCGACUGUGGCUUCUCCAACCCGGACGCUAAGCCCAAGGACCCGCCGACGGAUGGCACGGCCACUUUUGAGCGUGGACUUGCUCACCACGGUCCAUGCGAAAUCUGGCUGGAUGACACGAUGGUGCUGCAUAACGACGACUGUGCUAAGGCCUUCAGCGUUGAGGACUACAUGAGCAUCAACGGGUGCAUGUUCCGCUUCUACUGGCUCGCGUUCCAGGGCAGCACGAGCGGCAAAUACGUUUGGCAGAUCUACAAGAACUGCAUCCCUCUGACCGGGCCUGGUGCGGGACAAACGGCCACGGUCACCAACUCGCCAGUGUGGACCAACGCGCCAGCACCCGAGACUGUCCAGGCGACGGUUGCUCCUUUCACUCAGAACCAGGAAACGCAAAACCCAGUGUGGACGGCUACGAACACUCCGAACAGUUAUUCCUUCAACAGUGGGAACCAAGCCACGAACGCGCCGGAGACUGGAGGAGAGGCGCAAAUGUUGACGGGGACGACAGCCCCCUCCUUCUCGUUCUGA